AAUAAAAUAAAAAAAGAAUUCAUCAUUAUCAUUAAAUCAAAGACAAAGAAUUCUGUGAAGAAUGGUUGUGAAUCGCAUAUCGAAUAAUGUAAUCACUUUUUCUCGCAAUUGUUCUCCGUCCGUCGUAACGUAAAACUAGAAUUUUCCAUGAAAUCUAAUUAGAAGAAGCGAAUGCGAUCCACUCGAAUCAUCAACUCUGCGGAUCUUUUUGAAUCUCUCCGGAUACUUGAAGAUAUAUUCGAGGAAUCGCGAUUGCGUACAGCGUCUCGAAAAAUGAAAAAGAAACAAUGUCGGGUCUCAAGAUGCCCGCGGGCUAUUCACGCACCAGCAAUGGAACCAAGCCGAAAAGCAGAAUUUGUCGAUUGAAAUCUUCGCGAUCGCUGAUACCCUCUUUAGCGGGAAGUAUCCCGGAAAAGACCCUGGAAGUAACAGAAUCCUCGUCAUCGAGCCCAAGUAGGUCAUCCACAUCGCCGCGAAGAACUUUCAGCGACCGAAAGUCGCCCAAAAGAUCGUUGACGGAAGAACGUCAACAGACAUAUCACAGUCCUAAGCGUUCGCCGAGGAAAUUUUUGCCAUCCUUGGAUGACGAUUCGUUCGAGGACGAGAUGGGUCUGGGACUCGAAGUAUCGUCGACCACGUCAACAUGCGUCGGCGAAAAAUCUGGUAUGUCCUACCUGGAGUUCGAGACUCUAUACACCUUGGAGAAAGAGAUGUUGACGCAAUCGCGAUGCAAUCAAGAUCAAGUAGCCCAGCUAAAUGACAAGUGCAUGAUAGCGGGAUGGUUUGGCGGUAGAAGGGGUGUCUACACGGAACUUCCAGAUCCCUUGCUGUCCCAUCACAUGUGCAUGUGUGGUGCAGUUGCACCUCAGCUCUCUAACUCGCAGGCGCCGAUAGAAGGAUUCAGUUUUGCACCCGGAUGGUCUUUAAAUGCAGAUCAUUUUUAUCAGUGGCAGCAUCGCGGAAAAACUACACAGCAGAUCUAUACAGAUUGGGCGAAUUAUUAUUUGGAACGAGGAGGUUGCAAGAGGAGAGUGACCGAUCUUCAGGCUGAUUUCUGCGACGGUGUCCUUUUGGCCGACUUGGUGGAGGCAGUUACUAAUCAAAAAGUGAUCGACGUAAACCGGAAACCGAAAAGCGUCCAACAAAUGAUUGAAAACGUGAGCUUGUGCGUGGGAGCACUGCGGGCUCUAGGAGCGGACGUGGGUGCUGUGAACCCUGGGGAAUUGGCAGCAGGAUCAACCCUUUGGCCAAUCCUGGCCUUGCUUUUCGCCCUGUCGCGAUACAAGCAACGAGCCAAGCAGCUACAGGACAUGCCCAAACUACCAUCGCCUUACAACAAACAAUCGUCGGGGGUUGGCGGCGCUGGGGGUGGUCCAGGGGGUGGCACGAGCAUACCCCUGCCCGCGACCGUCGCUGCCACCAGGAGAUGCCCUCCGGACAAAGUCAGACCGGCUCCAACACCGACACAUCAAUCACAACUCGUAGGUCUGAAACACGGGAACGGCGGCGUGGGCAGCGCGAGCAGUUCUAGGAGCACUAGUCCGAGUCAGCAGCAAUCAUCCCAAGGCGGUCUUUCAUUCAUUCCGCAACCUAGGAGUCAGAACACGAGUCGACAACCAGCGGCCACUACACCGAGUCCUCGAGCAUCCACAGUAGGUCGACCUAACGGGGGCCUAAGGGUUCAACAACAAGCUUUGCCAUAUACUGGAAACCCUACUCCGGCGCCUCAGCCAAAUAAAAAUUCUGUGUUAGACAAGUUCAAGCUCUUCAACAACAAGGAGAAGAAUCAAGAGCGCGGAAAAGCUUCUUCGGGAGUUUCAAAACGCACUUCGAGUUCAUCUGGAUUCUCUUCAGCUCGAUCUGAACACUCGGACAGUUCAACGUCCCUGUGCGAUCAAAGCAAAGCGCAAGCUCAGGAAUCACCGAAGAGUCGCGCGCUGAAAUCGAAACUGCAGUCGGCCAAACCGGCAAAGCAAGCAAGCCCAAAGUCAAGCAGGAAGGAGCAAAGCAAAGCUCAAAGUAAGAUCGCGCGUACGAGCAAAGGCCCACUAAGUUCCUCGGAAAAGCUAACAAUGCCCUAUAAUAAUCCGGUCGUGGAGCAAGAUGGAAAGAUUGCCAGUAAAGUGAUGGCUACGAAAUUACCAAACGAUAAGAAAACACCGAAUCUUCAAGAACUGGUAAAGCAACCGGUGGCACAGUCACCAAAGACGAGUCUUCCAGCCCUGACACCGCCUAGACAAAUCAAUCCCCAAGAUAUCAAGAAUGUGAAUUUGAAGAAUGAACUUCCUACGACAAAACUUUCGCCCAGACCCAAGAUGGAGCUCCCAGGCAAGAUACCGGAUCAGAAAAUUCAUCUGCAAAAUGUGAAAUCGCCGCCAAACGGUUUGAACAAGGAUCUAUUGAUGCAAAAGACCAUCUUGGCGAAUACCAACGGCAUCAUCAAGACGUCUGAAACGGUAGAAAUGCUUACCCGCGAAAAUGACGUCUUUAAUCGCACCUUAAGCAUGAAUCAAGCCAAUUUAUCGGACUGCAAGGAUUUCAUGUCAAAGCAGAAAGAACCGGAAGUUUUGGAAGAGCAAUCGGAGAUGGAAAGUUUCGAUUCACCAUCAAAAACUCUCGAAUCAAACCAGGCCAAAGUUAUUUGCGAAGAAGAAGUCGAAUCUGCUGACAUUUCCAACGAAAAACAGGAUUCUUUGACUGAUCAUAUAGAUCCAGUAGCUGAUGAGAAGCCAGCUAAUACUGAAGAUGAAUCUACAAGUCUUCCCGCGCAGAGUAAUCUAAACUUUGGGCCUAGUAAACUGUUAACGGGCUCGAAUAGUCCUCUUCAGGGUCCGAAUUUGGCCAAUCCUGGCCUCAGUCCGAGUUCUAGCAUCCCAAAACCUACCGCUCUCGUGAAGGGUACAUCGAAACCGUCGAAGGAGAAUGGCUUGAGUGGUGGUGUACCAACGCCGACGAAGCCGAAGAGCGGCGACACUCUUCAUCGCAAACUUGAUCCUAAUACAGUUGCGAUGGUGUCGCCGAUGCCGAGUAUCUCGGACCUCAUGUCUGAAAGCUCGCACAGCAAUUCUAACAGUACCGGGCAAAGUAAUUCGAGCGACAGUAGUGUGAUUUAUAGACCGAGCAGCGAGAGUGGCAGUGAGAUCAAAACAAUUCCUAAUCGGAAGAUCGACACUACAUUCGAGCAAUUGGAGAAGGUGCUGUCGGAGAGCUCAACAUGCGGCGGUACGCUGGCAGAUGAUGAGGCUGAGAUGACGGUAAAACCUAUGCAGCCUCUUCUGCGCGGUUACACCCCCGGGGCCCGGGGCCUGCAGACCCUUCCGAGUCGCACGACGGGCCGACAAUAUACCGUUCUACACUCGUCGUCGCAUCAUCAUGUCAGUGGUCAUCACGACUACGCAGACGUAGACGUCGCUUCCGGUUAUCUGAGUGACGGCGAAGUGUUGCGUGGAGGUGGCAUGAACGUUGGCAGCAGAACCCUGUCGGAUUUGUGCGACGGAUACAUGUCCGAGGGUGGCGCGUCUCUAUAUGCACGCAGACUCAAUCCUUCCUACAAUCAUGAGCAUGACAGGUACGUGGGCAGCUCGCGACGAGAGCUGUCGGGGGUGAAGGAACUGGUGACCUCGAGGCGGGUGCAGAAGAGUAGGCCGUCGGGGGUCGCGAGGUCGGAUGGCGGUUGCAUCGGGAGCGUCAGUCUGGGAAGCGGCAGCGGUGGCGGCGGCGGCGGCGUCGUCGGCGGCGGCGUCGGCGGCGUCGUCGCCGGCGGUCUUCUAGGCGGCUGCAGCGGCGGGAACGACGCCUUGGCGGAGCUCACCAUUGAGGAGCUGGCCUCCAUUCCCGCCGGAAAUCACACCUCCGCCAAUCAUACGGGACAUCCCUCUCAUCACAAGAGGGUGCCGGGCGGAGGGGGCGUGAUUGUGGGGGGUGGCGGAGGUUCGGCCACCCCCCAAGGGGCGCAGCAAGGUAACAGUCACAACCUAGUGUACCGCGUGGUAGGUUCACGCGGUCAUCCCGGCGGUCACCAUCCGCAUGUAAAGAAGUCCGACAGCUCGCAGCAAACCGAAAGCUCGGCCUUCAAGCACCAGCACCAACAGCAGCAGCAACAGCAGCAACAGCAGCAGCAGCAGCAGCAAGGUUCGAACAGUUCCAAUAGCAGCUCCAACAGCCAGCAAUGGAAGAAGUACAUCGAGGCGGGUGCCGCAAGGGAGAGAGACAAGGAGGGCGCACCUCCCAGUCCUAGUCCCUCCAGAAGAUCGCAGGAUAAGCAUCGGAAGCAGGCCAUGGCCGAAUAUGCGAAUGGCGAGAAACCACAGAAAGUUUCGUCGGGUACGUCGACCAGUGGAAGUAGCAAGGUUCGCGGAGUACCGCAAAGUUUCGGCUAUGUUAAAAGACACAGUGCGGGUACCAGUCCGAGUCCCAACGGCGUUCAAAAUGGCAACAAGGACGCCACUAGGACGGCUCAAGUUAGCGCUGUGCCGAGGACCAAGGUUAAAGUGUCCGGCGGCACGCAAACGUGCACAACGGAAUUGCAGGCCAACUCCUCAGCAUCCAGCCAGGGCCAUCACUAUAAGAGCUACAGUCUCACCGGUCCCAGCGCUAGUCAACUAUCUCAAUCAGUCCGGGAUCGUCUCAUGUUGGGCUCUCAGAGUCUGCCAAAGCCUGGCAGUCCGGAAUUCACCGCUCUUUUCGCGUCCGCUCAUCAUCGCGAAAGAGGAACUGGCGUUGGACCGGCAAGUACCUCGUUUUCACCUCGAGUACUGAAACCAUCUGACGGUAGUCUCAGCGAUACGUGCAGUAAUUAUGCGGCACCCGAUCUUCAGGGUUAUUACGGCACGCCCAACAGUCCCUAUACUACUUCGUGGAUGAGACACAGCAACACCUACACUCCCAGCGGACGAUCUCAAGGAAUGGGCUUGUGCGAGGCGGACAGCGUAGAAUCAUUAGGCUCGCAUCGUGCGAGUUUAACACACGCCCGUCUCCUAAUGCACCAAAGGGAUUCUACAGGAUCUCCGGCACCGCCCAGGUUAAACAGGAGCAACUCCAUCAGGUCUACAAAGAGCGAGAAGAUGUACCCAUCGAUGUUGGCGCGCGGCAGUGGUGCUUCGUCGUCGGUGGGUGAAGAAGUCGGCAUAGGUAUGGGUGUCGGGGUGGAGCCGUAUUACAGCGUUCCUGUGGGAUCGGCGGGAUGCACCGGCCAACACUGGUCCCAGCCAACGUCACCAACGCCGACGCACACUUCGCGACAACCGCCAAAUUUGUACCAGCACGUCCACAAGGACGAUGACAUUCACGGCUCUUCGGUGUCGCUGGUGUCUACUGCGAGCAGUCUUUAUAGUUCGGCCGAAGAGAAGCAGGCGCACGAAUUGAGAAAAUUGCGUCGCGAACUGUUGGACGCUCAGGAGAAGGUGCACUCGUUAACCAGUCAACUUUCUACAAACGCACACGUAGUCUCGGCCUUCGAACAAUCACUAUCUAACAUGACCCAAAGAUUGCAGCAACUCACAGCAACAGCUGAAAAGAAGGAUUCCGAGCUUCAGGAACUCCGAGAAACGAUUGAAAGGCUACGCAAGCAGAGUGCUGAAGCCGGAUUAAAUAACGGUCCAGCUGCGAACAAUGGUCGCCGUCAUACUUUAGGCGACUCCGAAUCUGGUACCACCGGUUGCACCGGCAGCAGCAGCGGCGGCAGCAAUCAUCAUCAAGGUGCAUCGAUGGCGAGACAGUUGUCCGCGGAUAGCGUGACGUCCUUGAACUCGCUGAGUAGCGCCUGCUCGGCCAGUAGUAAUCAUCACAAGAAGAAGGGCUGGCUACGCAGCUCCUUCUCCAAGGCGUUCUCGAGAUCGCGCAAGAAUCGACACGGUUCGGUGUCCGAUGCCGAAGAUUGCAAAGAGAGUCCCGGUGGUGAUCUGAGCGCUCCCAACAGCCCUAGACUGCCAACCGCGUCCAAACACGAGUCUUCGAGGGGCCAAGCCGCGAGAAGCAAUGGCCAGAAGUCACCCGAUCAUGAAAAUCCUCUGUCGGGAAGUAAGAGUAGCUCGGCUCUAUAUAAGAAGGAAGACGAGGAUGUGGACGAGUUGAAGAAGCAACUGAGGGAGAAAGAUCUGGUUCUCACGGAUAUUAGAUUGGAAGCGUUAUCCUCGGCUCAUCAGUUGGAAUCUCUAAAGGACACGGUUAUCAAAAUGAGAUACGAGAUGCUGAAUCUAAAGCAGAACAACGAGCGUCUCCAGCGACUGGUGACUUCGAAAUCACUCACCUCCUCGCAGUCUUCUCUUCCCAGUGAUCCAGAUCGACGCUUCAGUAUGACCGAAGUGGCAUCGAGCGUUGCAGCAUUGUCGAACGGCGAUGCCAGUUCCACAGCCGAUCAGCUAGAAGAUCUCAAUGUCCCGGUAGAACACGACGUGGUGCCAUCGAGCACGACAACUUCAGAAUCGGUUCUCGAACAGGACACUGACGGCAAGAGGAUUAACGUGGCCGUCUACCUCGGCAGCGAGCGGAAUUUCAACUACAAUUUAGUUACCGGAAGCGGUUCCGCCGAUGGUACCAUAGGCGAACCACCUCAUUGCGUAAUUGCCAACGUGUGCAUUAGCAACAAAACCAGCUGGGACGCAUUGGAUUCUGUAGUGAGACGUUGCUUCAAAGAGUACGUUUCCCGAGUAGAUCCUGUGACGAGUUUAGGUCUCGGCGUCGAAUGCGUCGCCGCGUAUCAUCUCGGCGAAGCGUCCAGAUGCACCACUGAUUCUCAGCACCCUGAGCUGUUGCCCUGUGGCUACCUGGUUGGCCACGUAAAGACUAUCUAUCUAGUGCUGUCGGGCUACUCCUGGCUAGCGGUAGACACCUUGAUACCGCGCUCUAUCGUCCAACGUUUGAUAUCUCUUCUAACGGAACAUCGUAGAGUGAUUUUAUGCGGUCCAAGUGGUACAGGAAAAAGUUAUCUGGCCGGAAAACUGGCGCACGCCCUAGUAGAUGCUGAUAAUGACCCGAAGGACGCCGCCGCCGUUGCAACAUUUAAUGUCGAUCAUAAAUCCAGCAAGGAACUGCGCCAAUAUCUCGCACAUAUUGCCGAAAGAUGUGAUUCGAGUGCUGCCGAUGAAUUGCCCAGAGUGAUCAUUUUGGAAAAUCUUCAGCAUGCGGCGUCUCUGGGCGAGCUCUUCAGUGGUCUUCUAGGAACCAGGCAUUCCUCGUGUCCUGCCAUCAUUGGUACCAUGAGUCAGGCUACUUGCAGUACCACCAAUUUGCAAUUGCAUCACAAUUUCAGGUGGGUACUAUGCGCAAACCACAUGGAACCAGUCAAAGGAUUUCUGGGACGUUAUUUGAGAAGAAAAUUAUUGGAGCACGAAUUGCGCGAGUGCGCCGGAACGAGGAACGCGGAAAUGGCGGCAGUAGUAGAGUGGCUGCCACGUGUAUGGUUGCACCUCAACAAGUUCCUAGAAACCCACAGCAGCUCCGACGUCACCAUAGGACCACGACUUUUCUUAUCGUGCCCGAUGGAAGUAGCUGGCUCUCAAGUAUGGUUUACCGAUUUGUGGAAUUAUUCGGUCAUUCCUUAUCUGGUGGAGGCGGUCAGAGAAGGCUUAACGUUGUACGGAAGACGCGUGAGUGGAAACGGAAACGGUGAACCCACAUGGGAAGAUCCAGCGCAAUUCAUCACGUCCAGCUACCCGUGGCUGUCGACGCAUGCUGUACACGGCGGCAGCGAUGCUCUUCUACGUUUGAGACCCGAGGAUGUGGGAUACGACGUCGUCUCCAGUGGACAUACUUCUGGCGUGGGCGCCUCCAGUGUAAAGAGUCUUGGAAGUACUCACAGUGACACCGAAGGAGAUCCUCUGCUUAACAUGCUGAUGAGGUUGCAAGAAGCGGCCAAUUAUUCGAGUCCGCACAGCAACGACAGUGACUCGGUGACAUCUCUUGACUCAUCGCAUACUCGUCACUCGGAGGAUUUAAGUAGUUCGACGCGAGGAGUGGAAUCGGCACUUUAAAUUAGCAAGAUAUAUCGUGAAAAAACUCUGCCGAAAGGUCGAGGCAUGCGUACAUCGACUGCUCAAUAAUUAAAAAAGAUAUAAAAAUAAA